AUGCAGGAUUCCAGACGCAGCGACGCCGUCUCGCUCGCGGCCGACAGCUUGCUCCAGAAGCUCGAUAUGGAUCAUGUCGACCUUUUUCCCUGCCGGAACCUCUCGGCCGAGCUCGAUUCCGUGGUGCCGUACCCGACCGUCGAGCCGCAUCUCCCAGACAGGUUGGACAGGCAGCGGCUCAUGUCUUUUGUUCGUGGCGGCGUCGACGGCAGGGUCGAAGACUAUUUCCACUUCCACAGAGACCCCUACCGAAGAGGCUUUGCCAUGCCAGACGGUCCGAACCUCAGGGUGUCCGACAACAAGCAGGAAAUCGAACACCCGUCCCGCGAGGAAACGCUCAAGGCCAACGAGGGCACGUUGCCGGUCCUCGCCCGCCUUUACACGGCCGUCGGCCAGAGGUUGCGAAAUCCGAACCGCACAUCUCUCGACCCGAUAUACAGCCUGUACUGCGAGCUGCCGGAACCGAGGAUGCUCUACCUCACCUGGCAGUGGAGGAACAGGCUCCUGAGAGUCAUGGGCGCGCCGCCAAAGCGCGACAUGGAGUCCAUGCUUCGCUACUUUGCCCUCCUUUCCGACGUCAAGAAUGCCGGCCUCAGCUUGCGACGGUCGCAUUGGAACUUUGCCCUGGCCUUUGCCACCAAGUAUGCUGCCUGGACGACCUCGCGAGAAAUGGAGUCUGCCUUGCGGCUCUGGAGGGAGAUGGAGCGGGACGCAAACGUCAUGGGCAACGACGUGACCUUUAACAUCCUCUUCGACGUCGCCUCCAAGGCCGGCAACUUCACCCUCGCCGACAUGAUCUACAAGGAAAUGGAGUGCCGCGGCAUCGAGUUCAACCGGUUCCAUCACGUCAGCCUCAUCCACUACUUCGGCUUGAAGCUGGACUCGGGCGGCAUCCGCGCCGCCUACCGAGAAAUGGUCGAGGCGGGGGAGAUGAUCGAUACCGUCGUCCUCAACUGCGUCAUCUCCGGUCUGCUGAAAUGCGGCGAGGAAUCGGCGGCCGACGAGACGUACGAUCGAAUGAAGGAUUGCCAUGCCCUCGCCACGGACCUGCCGCAGAGGGACUACGCCAUGAACAAGGUCGUAACCAAGGUCCUCAUGAUGUUCGCCAAGGUCAGCAGGAAACACCCGGCCCUCAAGGAAGCCAUGCAGACGACGGUGCGCCUUGCGCCGGACCUGCAUACCUACAAGCUCCUGGUCCAGCAUUACGCCAUCCGCACCGGUCAGCUUGCCAAGGUGGCCCGGUACCUCGACGAGAUGAAGCACCUCAAGCUUUCCGUCCAUCCGACCAUAUUCCUCGCCCUUCUCAAGGGCUUCUACCACCACGGAGGCUUCCCCGGUUCCGACUGGAGCGAGAAGAGGCUCGAGGGGGUCCUCUCGGCCCUCUACCAAGCUCGAAACGAGCAUCCCAAGGGUUUCCGCGUCGAAAGUUGGCUCGUCAUCUGGGCCCUGCGCGCCGUCAAGAAAUGUUCCUCCACCGAGGUGCUGAUGCAGACGUUUGACGACUUGAGCCGGAUAUGGGAUAUCAAGCCAGAGGGGCUCCCGUUCAUUCACGCCAUUUAUGACAACAUCUUGCGCGGAAAGGACAUGAAGUCUCCCUGGGGCAAAUCGGGACAUAACGAUGCAUCCUCGGCGUGGGAAGGGUGA